UUUCAGAAUGCGAUGAAGUAAUAUUCCAUCAGCAUCUUAAUCCGUUUUCUUUAUUCUUUUCUUCUUCUUUCGCUCACAAUUUGAGAACGAAAUCCUCAUUAUAAAUAGAUCAUUCGACUUCAUCAAGUUUUACACAAAAACAAAUCUACUUCUUACUUUUACAGAAAAACAUACACAUUUCCACCUCUCAAAAAAAGAAAACCUCUGUAUUCUCGACGUGUAAAAUGGCAGGAAUUGUGAUUGUAUUCGACUUCGACAAGACGAUUAUCGAUCACGACAGUGAUAAUUAUGUCAUUGAUGAAUUGGGUUUUACUCAAUUGUUUGAAGAACUAUUGCCUACCAUGCCUUGGAAUACUCUCAUGGAUAAGAUGAUGUUAGAGCUUCACUCAAAUGGGAAGACAAUUGAAGACAUUGCCAAUGUUUUGAGACGUGCUCCAUUGGAUCCUAAUAUCAUUUCAGCCAUUAAAUCAGCUCAUGCUCUUGGGUGUGAAUUGAAAAUUCUUAGUGACGCAAAUCUGUUUUUCAUUGAAACAAUCUUAGAACAUCAUGGGUUAUCAGGUUACUUCUCAGAAAUCAACACCAACCCGGGUUUUGUCGAUGAUGAAGGAAGAUUAAGAAUCUUUCCGUACCAUGAUUUCACUAUUGCUCCUCAUGGUUGCACUACUGCUUGUCAUGGUUGUUCCAUCUGCCCUCCCAACAUGUGCAAGGGUUUAAUAUUCGACCGAAUCAAAGCAGAAGCUUAUGCAAAUGGAAAGAAGAGAAUUAUCUAUCUUGGAGAUGGAAAGGGUGAUUACUGCCCAAGUUUGAAGCUUGAGCAAUCCGACCGACUUAUGCCAAGAAAAGAUUACCCACUCUGGGAGCUAAUUAGCAGUGAUCCAUCACUAAUCAAGGCAGAAAUUCAUGAAUGGACGGAUGGAAAAGAGCAAGAACAACUUCUACUUCGACUCAUUAACACGAUAAUCUACGAAGAUGCUAACAUUAACUCAACCGGGGUAACUCUGUUGGCGGGUGAUUGCAAGUUUCAGACGAUUCCAGUUUCAAAUCACGAGUCGUUUCCUAAAGUUCUUCCAGUGCCCAUUAGAAAUUAGUUCUUAAUGGUAGCACUAUCUUGGCUAAGCUAUAAUAACACUUAAAGCCAAGAUUUUUUGUUGUUUACAUCCACUGUCAUUGUUGAUUUACUAUUGUAACUGUAAGUUCACUAAAUCCAUGUGUGUAUCGACAUGAAGGUUCGUUGUUUUGGGCCAUGGCAAAAGCAAUGGGGCCAUUGUGCUUGUGAAUGCACCUCCCAAUACCACCACGACAUAAAAACACAGGAUCAGUGAAAUCUACACUAGAGUAUGACAAGGUAAUUGUUGUUUUCGAAUCAUGCAUUGUGACGGUGUACAACACAAGAUAACAGCUUUGAGUGCAUGUCAUGUUGUAAACGUUUUGAGCUGUUAGCAGUAAAUUCAAAACAAAAAGAAAA